CGACUAUAUAAACUAGACGAAAUAUCCGAGGAGCAUCAUUCAGCUCUCGAGCUUCAUCAAGUAGUCUGUUAACCAUACAGCACCGCACCGCCAACUACCAAACCUUCAACAUGAAAUUCGUUACUGUUGUCCUCUUACUGGCCUUCGUCGCCGUGGCAUGUGCCGCUAAGUUGCCACUCGUCGAAUCGGACAAAUUGCAGCCAGAAGCUGAAGCAAAGGAGUCUAAAGUCGCCGAUCCAAGGGACAAGCGCAGUCUUAUCUACGGCUAUGCUGCACCUUACGCCGCAGCUUACGCCUACCCGUAUGCCGCUUAUAGUUACCCAUACGCUUAUGCUGCUCCGGUAGCCUACAGUUCAGCCUACUAUCCAAGCUACUACAGCUCUUACUACGUGGGUUAGAUACAACAUAUAUGAGCAACGCAUAUAGAGAUUAGAUUGUAAGCUGACUCACAAGUGCUGUUAUCAUUGUGUCUGACGGCAUUAAUUUGUACAUAUACAAGCAACGAACACGAUGUUGAUGAUUACUUAAUAGUGCAAGACCUUUUGAUAAUUGUGUUCAAUGUGCUUCACUGAAAAUUGUUUAGUAUUGAACUUUUUUUUGCCAGCACUAAAUAUGUAUUAACUAAUAUAGUAUUAUCUGUAACUUUUAAAAUAUAACUAUAC